CAUAUUUCCCUCCAUCCAUACACACACUCUCUCUCUCUUCCCCCAAAGGAACGGAACACGCAAGGUGAGUGAGUGAUUCGCUAUCUCGUUCUUCCGUCUCUAUAUAUUCUUAACGUUUCCCAAUACUUUUUGUGGAGUUUCAACUUUCCUCCUCCGCAGAAGAGUGACUUCUUGUGGUCCAUUCUCUACCAGAAUGAGUUCUGUCUUUCAAGUCAAGAUCAUGUUCUUGUCACCAUUUUUUCUUUCAAGAUUCUGAAGGAGAGAGAGAUAGAGAGAGAGAGAGGAAAUCUUCUUUCCUCUGUUUCUUUCUGAAGCAAUCACCCAAGGUUUCUUUCAAGGUGGUUGAAUCGGUAGCAGAGUUGUAUUAGUCAUCCAUGGCUAAGGAUCAAUUGCAAGUGCUUAAUGCACUUGAUGUAGCAAAGACACAAUGGUACCACUUUACAGCAAUCAUAAUUGCCGGCAUGGGUUUCUUCACGGAUGCUUACGAUCUCUUCUGCAUCUCAUUAGUCACCAAAUUGCUUGGUCGGAUAUACUACCACCAUGAGGGUGCGGCAAAGCCAGGAUCUUUGCCCCCCAGUGUAUCUGCUGCCGUCAAUGGUGUUGCAUUCGUUGGCACACUUACUGGGCAACUCUUCUUUGGCUGGCUUGGUGACAAAAUGGGUCGCAAGCGUGUCUAUGGCAUGACCCUCAUGGUCAUGGUCCUCUGUUCUGUUGCCUCUGGGCUCUCCUUUGGUCAUACUCCAAAGAGUGUUAUGGCCACACUUUGUUUCUUCAGAUUCUGGCUUGGUUUUGGCAUUGGUGGUGAUUACCCACUCUCUGCAACUAUAAUGUCUGAGUAUGCCAACAAGAAAACUCGUGGGGCUUUCAUAGCUGCUGUAUUUGCAAUGCAAGGUUUUGGAAUUUUAGCUGGUGGAAUGGUUGCAAUCAUUGUUUCAGCUGCAUUCAAGGCUAAGUACCCAGCUCCAACUUAUGAAGAAAAUCCACUUGCCUCAACAAUCCCAGAGGCUGAUUUUGUGUGGCGCAUUAUUUUGAUGUUUGGUGCAUUACCAGCUUUGCUUACAUACUACUGGCGUUUGAAAAUGCCUGAGACUGCUCGUUACACUGCCCUUGUUGCGAAGAACGCAAAACAAGCGGCAUCAGACAUGGCAAAGGUUAUGCAGGUUGAUGUUGAAGCUGAACAGGAGAAGGUUGAUGAAAUUACAGAGAGAGAUAAAUCCUUUGGUUUGUUUUCUAAGGAGUUCCUUCUUCGACAUGGGUUUCAUUUGCUUGGAACUACUAGUACAUGGUUCUUAUUGGACAUUGCUUUCUACAGUCAAAAUUUGUUCCAAAAGGACAUCUUCACUGCUAUUGGUUGGAUUCCAAAUGCAAAGACGAUGAAUGCAAUUGAGGAGGUUUACAGAAUUGCAAGGGCACAAACUCUUAUUGCUCUCUGUAGUACUGUCCCAGGGUAUUGGUUCACGGUGGCUUUCAUCGAUAUCAUUGGGCGGUUUGCAAUUCAACUGAUGGGUUUCUUCUUCAUGACAGUGUUCAUGUUUGCUCUUGCCAUACCCUAUCAUCACUGGACUUUGAAGGAAAACCGAAUUGGGUUUGUCAUCAUGUAUUCCCUGACCUUCUUCUUUGCAAAUUUUGGGCCUAAUGCUACCACAUUUGUGGUACCAGCAGAGAUUUUCCCAGCCAGACUUCGGUCAACAUGCCAUGGUAUCUCGGCAGCAUCUGGGAAAUUAGGUGCAAUGGUUGGAGCCUUUGGGUUCCUUUAUGCAGCUCAAAGCCAGGACAAGACAAAGACUGAUGCAGGUUACCCAGCUGGUAUUGGUAUGAGGAAUUCACUUAUUGUUCUGGGUUGUAUUAACUUCUUAGGAUUGGUUUGUACCUUUCUAGUACCUGAAUCAAAGGGUAAAUCCCUAGAGGAGAUGUCGGGUGAGAAUGAGAACGAAGCUGGGACCAGUGAAGAAGCAGAGUUAGGAAGUAAUAACAGGACUCUUCCAGUGUAAUUAGAUGGUUUUUUAGCUGUUUAUAUAUUUCCUUUUCCAGUGCAAGGAUCGAGUCUUUUGUCUAUGUAGAAACCCGGAAGUUUGUGUGUGGGUUUGUUGGACACAGGAAGCUCUAGAUUUCUGUCUUUGUAGUUGCCUAGCCAUCCUGGAUGGUACAAGGAGUUGCUCUUCUUGCCCUUUUCUCUUUUCUUUUCUUUUUUUUUCCUUUUAAUGUUCUCUGUUUUUUCCAGAUUAGUACUACUACAUAUGUGAUUAUGGAUGAAAAUUUUCAUGCU